UCACGCCGCUGGCCGCUGCCCGCUGCGCGCUGCGCGGAGGAGGCGCCCGGCCGGCCGCGGUCCCGCGGGAAGGGCAGGAGCACCCCGCCCUGCACGCCCGGCACAGCCUCCCGAGGGCUCCCGUGAGUCUGCCACGGUCAGCAGAGUCCAGGCGCUGUCCGGCCCCCAGCGCUCUGGCGCCCGGGUUCUGCGGAUCAGGAGUUGGAUGUGGACUGAGCCCCUUCCCUGCCUCUGAGCCCUGCCUCCUUCUGCAGGCCAGAGUUCAAUCAUCUUGCAUUUUGCUCUGGAGGGAAAGAAGCAGACGAUGAGGAAAAAAUAAUGAAUGUCAAAGGAAAAGUAAUUCUGUUAAUGCUGGUUGUUUCAACUGCAGUUGUUAUGCUCUUGGAAUACAUCAACAGCUCAGAAGACAAUUCCGUGUGGAUCUAUCCCUCCAAAAACCCAGAAGUUGAUAACAACAGCAGUCAGAGGGGCUGGUGGUUUCUGAGCUGGUUUAAGGAUGGGAUCCACGGUUAUCAAGAGGGAGAAACAGAAGAAAGGACAAAAGGAGAGCUCCCGCUAUCAGACUGGUUUGAUCCCACGAAACGCCCGGAAGUUGUGACGGUGACUAGAUGGGAAGCGCCAGUCAUAUGGGAAGAUACUUACAACACAGCCGUGCUAGAAAGUUACUAUGCCAAACGUAGAAUCACCGUGGGCUUAACAGUUUUUGCUACUGGAAGAUACAUUGAUCAUUACUUGGAGGAGUUCAUAACAUCUGCUAACAAGUACUUCAUGGCUGGGCACAAAGUCAUAUUUUACAUCCUGGUGGAUGACAUGUCCAGGAUUCCUUUGAUAGAGCUGGGUCCUCGGCGUUCCUUCAAGGUGUUUGAGAUCAAGCCUGAGAAGAGGUGGCAGGACAUCAGCAUGAUGCGCAUGAAUACCAUUGCGGAGCAUAUCGUGGCCCACAUCCAGUAUGAGGUUGACUUCCUCUUCUGCAUGGAUGUGGACCAGGUCUUCCAAGACAAUUUCGGUGUGGAGACUCUGGGCCAGCUGGUGGCUCAGCUCCAGGCCUGGUGGUACAAGGCACAUCCCAAAGAGUUUACCUACGAGAGGCGAAAACAGUCAGCAGCGUACAUUCCAUAUGGACGGGGGGAUUUUUAUUACCAUGCAGCCAUUUUUGGAGGAACACCCAGUCAAGUUCUCAACCUCACCCAGACAUGCUUUAAAGGAAUCCUCCAGGACAAGAAAAAUAACAUAGAAGCUAAGUGGCAUGAUGAAAGCCACCUGAACAAGUAUUUCCUUCUCAACAAGCCCACUAAAAUCUUAUCCCCAGAAUACUGCUGGGAUUAUCACAUAGGCCUGUCUUCAGAUAUUAAGAAUGUCAAACUAUCUUGGCAGAAUAAGGCGUAUGAUUUGGUUAGGAAUAAUGACUGACUUCAGGUUGUGCCAGUAGGUUUUCUAAACUUGAGAGAAUAUUAUUCUGGCUAAUUCCUCAGAAAAAAUAAUUUUAGCUUAAGGAAAAAAAAAAA